UCCUUUCACCCGUUAAACAGAAAAAUGUUACGCCCUAUUGCAAACAUAAUUUCGUCACAGAAACCAAACUUGUUGUUGCGAACUUUGUCUGCGAAAGCAAAGCCACCGAAACCAAGUAAAAAAUCCGCAACAAUUGGAAAUGUCAAAGGUCUCAGUGACAAUUGUGUUAAGGUUCCAAGCCAACCGGUAGGUCCUGGUGCUGCCAAAAACAAGGACUACAAAAAUCCAGAAUAUUUUUGUUAUCAUGUAGAUAGCUUUGGAGAAGCAGAAGUUGAAAUAGCACCAUAUAGAUUGCCAGCACCUUCUAACAAGAUACCUUUUAAGCAAUAAAUUAAAUUAGUAAUGUUAUUUAUAAUAACGUAAUAAGUAAUAUAAGAUGUAUAGAAUAAAUUGUAUUCAAAAUAAAGGAUAUUGAAAUUUGUUGCUUCUAGAA